CGCAGGCGCGUUCCGGGGGCUCCCGCUGGUGCUCGGAGCGCCGAGAGCCGGGGCCGGGCGGGCGCGCGCGCGCGCCGAGUGUGCGGACGGGGCGCGCGCCGGGCGCGGGCAGCUCGAGGGGUCGGGUCGGGCCGGGCGGCGUCCGUCCGGCGGGGAAACGGGCGCCGCGAUGGCCGAGGGCAGCGCCGUGUCUGACCCUCAACACGCCGCGCGCCUGCUGCGAGCGCUCAGCUCUUUCCGCGAGGAGUCCCGCUUCUGCGACGCGCACCUGGUCCUCGACGGGGAGGAGAUCCCGGUGCAGAAGAACAUCCUGGCGGCGGCCAGCCCCUACAUCAGGACAAAGUUAAACUAUAAUCCUCCAAAAGAUGAUGGAUCAACUUAUAAGAUUGAACUUGAAGGGAUAUCGGUAAUGGUUAUGAGAGAGAUCCUGGAUUACAUCUUCAGUGGGCAGAUCAGGCUGAACGAAGACACAAUCCAAGAUGUCGUACAGGCUGCAGACCUGCUGCUGCUGACGGACCUUAAGACUCUGUGCUGUGAGUUUUUAGAGGGCUGCAUUGCUGCCGAGAACUGCAUUGGGAUCCGGGACUUUGCGCUGCAUUACUGCCUGCACCACGUCCACUACUUGGCCACAGAAUACCUGGAGACGCACUUCCGAGACGUCAGCAGCACUGAAGAAUUCCUAGAACUGAGCCCUCAGAAGCUCAAAGAAGUUAUUUCUCUCGAGAAGUUGAACGUUGGCAAUGAAAAAUACGUAUUUGAAGCCGUAAUCCGGUGGAUAGCACAUGACACAGAAAUAAGAAAGGUCCACAUGAAGGACGUGAUGUCAGCGCUCUGGGUGUCGGGGCUGGACUCCAGCUACUUACGGGAACAGAUGCUGAACGAACCGCUAGUUCGAGAAAUUGUCAAAGAGUGCAGCAACAUCCCGCUCAGCCAGCCGCAGCAAGGAGAGGCCAUGCUGGCCAACUUCAAGCCCCGGGGCUACUCGGAGUGCAUCGUGACUGUCGGCGGGGAGGAAAGAGUUUCCCGGAAACCGACGGCCGCGAUGCGGUGCAUGUGCCCUCUCUAUGACCCCAACAGGCAGCUGUGGAUCGAACUGGCGCCCUUGAGCAUGCCGAGGAUCAACCAUGGCGUCCUCUCCGCAGAAGGAUUUCUCUUUGUGUUUGGGGGCCAAGAUGAAAAUAAGCAGACGCUGAGCUCGGGAGAAAAGUAUGAUCCGGAUGCAAACACGUGGACUGCGCUGCCGCCCAUGAAUGAGGCAAGGCACAACUUUGGGAUUGUGGAGAUCGACGGAAUGCUGUACAUUUUAGGGGGGGAAGAUGGUGAAAAAGAGCUGAUUUCCAUGGAGUGUUACGAUAUUUAUUCUAAAACAUGGACAAAGCAACCGGAUUUGACCAUGGUUAGAAAGAUUGGCUGCUAUGCAGCUAUGAAGAAGAAAAUCUAUGCCAUGGGUGGAGGAUCAUAUGGAAAACUUUUUGAAUCCGUGGAGUGUUACGACCCCAGAACCCAGCAGUGGACUGCUAUCUGCCCCCUGAAGGAGAGGAGAUUUGGAGCGGUGGCCUGUGGCGUCGCCAUGGAGCUGUAUGUGUUCGGGGGAGUCAGAAGUCGCGAGGACAUCCAGGGUGGCGAGAUGGUCACCUGCAAGUCCGAGUUCUACCACGAUGAGUUCAAAAGGUGGAUCUACCUUAACGACCAGAACCUGUGCAUCCCUGCCAGUUCCUCUUUCGUCUAUGGAGCUGUGCCUAUAGGAGCUAGUAUUUAUGUUAUCGGAGAUCUGGAUACAGGUACCAAUUACGACUAUGUGCGUGAGUUUAAACGCAGCACAGGAACCUGGCACCACACGAAACCACUUCUUCCAUCCGACCUUCGCCGCACCGGGUGUGCAGCCUUACGUAUUGCAAAUUGCAAGCUCUUCCGCCUGCAGCUUCAGCAAGGCUUAUUCCGUAUCCGUGUCCAUUCGCCAUGAGGAAGAAGCGGAGCAGAACGCGAGAGCCUGCCCGAGAGCACCAUGACAUAGCUUUACGUAAGGGAGGACAAGAGAUGGCAGCUGAAACUCGCUGUGCGUGCUGGGUGUUGCUGUGGUACCUUUUUGGUGGUUUCGUAAUGCUUCCCAAGCUUGAGCCUCAGCUCCCGUUUGAGAGAACAGGGAAGUGUGGAGAAACUGCCUGGGAGGGAUCUGCUCCUCAGUUAGGUGGGCCGUAGGCAGUGGAGGCUAGCAGACGUGCAGAGGAGAAGCGAGCGGGAGCUGUGUGCUGUAAAAUGUCCAAGUUCAGAUACUGAGGUGCAUUUCCCUGAAGGGAACCACAGCUGCCUGACUGCUGGGUUCAAGUGUGUGGCUUUGGUGAACAAACAACAAAUCCAUAUAUGCAAAUCAACAUAUCCAGACAUACCCAGAUCGCUUUUCUAUCGCACUGGGAAGGAUCUAUUAUGCCUAACCCUGCCCAACGAGUUAAGACUUGUGCCUCAAAUGUUAGAUUGGACAAUAAGUCAGGUAGUCUCCAUUUAUUACUAGUAUUACAUCCUAAGAAUCUGUUAAAAGCUGUAUUAUGAUGAGACUAACCUUCUAUCUUAGUAAUGUAAAGGUGUGGUAAUCGAUGAGUCAGGUCGCAGCCCUCGCGUGAACCUGCAGGAGGUUGCUAGCCGGUGCGUUAGCUUGAUUGAGAUGUGUCAUGCCGUUGUUUCUGGGGUAGUGCUGUCGGAAUCGUGAAGGAUCUCACGCAGCACCACUCUUCCUUUCCAUUUGAUCAGAACCAUUUCUAAAGUAGGAUAUUGGUGAAUGGGAGAGAGAAAGGCUUGAGUUGGACAAAUAGGAAAGGUCUUCUGUGACUGUUAAAAAAAAAAAGCUGUCUAGACAAAAUAUAUAGGGAUCAAAAACUUUCUAAUAUAAUGUGUCUGAAAGCACACAAGUCUUGUUUACUACUGUUUGGAAUUUGAAAACUUGUCUUAGGAUGCAAUUCUGUGUUCAUAGUUCAGUCUUUGGAGUAGAAUUUUCCCAGUGCUGUUUGCUGGUGAGAGUUACAGACAAAUUACAUUAUGAGUAAAGUUUGGCUGGUAGAAUAAACUACCUCAACUUAAUUUCAUUCUGUUCAUGUAGAACGAGUCGAUCUGCUCCUCUUUUCCUCUUCCCUGUCUCUGCCUCUCUCCCAGCCCACCUCCCACCAGAGGGGGAGAAGUCCCCAGUAGCGGAAGUUGUCUUGCGAGAGAGUUUGUUUUCCAUUCAAAUUCCACCACCUGAGUGUCAAACCAGGGACCUCAAAGUGUUUGAUUACUUCAUAAUUUGAAUUUUAUGCAAUAUCGAAUUUCUAAUCAAUUUACUAUCGAGUACUUCAUUUUUAAUUGUUUUCUACGGCUUUGUUUUUCGUGGAGAAUGUGGCUAAAGGAGCAACAUUUUGUCUUAACGACUAAUAAGUGUAUAAAUGUAUUCUUUGGUUGUAAAUUUGAGAACAGGCAUUUCUCCUGGAGACGUCCUGUGUGGAAUGUUUGUGUGCUGUUAACAUGCACACGGAGUGUUGCUUCUGGUUUCCCAGCCUUGAGCCUAGAAGGGUGGCCCGUCUGCGACUGACUGCCGGAAGUCAGUCCACAGCUACGAAAGCUGCUGACAGAGGCCCUGUGCAGGGCGGUUCCAGAGCACAUCACGUGUGCCACCUUAGCUCUCCAUCUGUCCAGCAGCUACUUAGUGAAAGAAGAUCCGAAGUUUGUAUCUUAUAUACCAGAGUGGCCCAAUGGGCCACACAUUCAGCAUCCAAAUUUGAUAUUUGAAUCAGAGCCGGGCAUAGAGUUUUACUGUGUGCCGGUCGGCUGUUGUCUCCAUGUUUUCCCGGUGACCUUUGGAUGUGUUUUAAUUAGAACAAGCUCUGUGGCUACUUCAAAGACGUCUUUGUUUUUAUAGUUAGGUCUUAGUUCAAGAGGGAACCAAUUGCAGCAGAGGUGGACUUGCCUGGUGAGAUGUACCCUGGACAGUGUAGUCCCUGGGCGUCAGAGCUGCAGCUGGGGAACGUGGACGUCUGUCAGCACUGAAAUUUAAAAUUCUUCCAUCCAUGCCAGGCCUCUCCACGGAGAUAAAUGAUUAUUGAGGAGUGAGUGGGUUCCUACUGCAAUGUUAUCAGUGCCUGCUUGACUUGGUAAACCCAUUUUAUAAAACAUAGGUUGUUUUUUUUUUAAUUCAGUUCAGUGACACUGUAGCUGCAGAAAUUAGAUAAUAUUUUAUAAAAUAAAUUUGCCACAUAAUAUGGGAUGCAAUAACCAACAAAAGCUACUAAGUGCCAAACUGUUGUUUUACUAAAUAUAAAUAUAAAAAUGCUGUGUUGAAGCAUAGCGUUGUAUUUAAUUUUCUUAUGUUGCGAAAUUAAUCAUGACCUUCUUUGUAUAUUACAUUUAUUUCAGUAUUGUGAAAUAAAUUGUAAUUCAUUUCAUGCAGGUUUGUGUUUUAACAUUCCACUUAUGCCUUGAAACACCUGUUGUUCCUGAUACUUCUUUCUCAGUUAAGCACUUUGACCAGAUGUGUGGGAAUUGGCAGCUGAGGGUAGGUCCUCAAAUGUUACAUACAAGUAUCUAUGGGGAAGUGCAAUUUAUUUUCCUUGUCCCACCACUAGAAGGAGAGUUGUCUUAGGUUAGAGUGAGUGGAUAUUUAAAGCGUCUCUCCCAGCCUACUGUCUUCAAUAGGUUUGUUUGUUUCUUUCUUUAACACAUCCAAAUUAUAAGUGUUUAACUUAAAAUGAAGUUUUUUGGUGUGUGUUUGGUAGUGCUUACACCCUGGGAGAAGAGAAAGGGUGAGAUGCGUGAGUGAGCGUGUGUGUGUGCGUGCGUGUGUUGUGCCGCAUGACUUCAGAAAUCCAUUUGUACAUGUUUACUUUUUAGUUGUAGUUCCAAACUACACGUGUCCGGUGUCCUGGUGCUUCACAUCAGUUCUUGAGCCUGGGUGUCCCGCUUUCAGUUUAUUCUGCGUGUUAAACUCAAGUAGUCACAUAGUUGCAGUUUGUACUUUUGCUUGAUGUUUGCUUUUCUCCUCUUCAGCUGGAUGUAAAACAGUGGUCCCCAGCUAGCAGGGUGUGCAGCGGAUACUUGGCCUGAGUAGCCGGUAUGUUUGUUGUCUGGCUUUGUAUGUGACUGCCGUGAGGAGCUGGUGACUGAUAGCACACCUUCUCACACUGUGCAGCAACGACCAGAGCGUGCCGGCUGUUCUGGCGCUGGUGGUGGGGUGUUCUCUUACGCUGCAGGCCACCUCAGAGGUGGAACUUUCUUCACUGAUGGCUUGAAAGUGUCAUUUUUCUAUUCACAAGUGGAGAGUUUCGCCAGGCAAGGUAGAGGAAAUACAUUCUUUGUGUCGAUUAGGUGAAGGGAGGACUGUCUGCUGCGACGUGUGGGUACAAAGUUAGGUUCCUGGAGGAAGAGCUUAGUCGCCUUGGGCCCUUGGGGUUCCCUUGGUACAUUCCUACUGCAGGUGCCAAGCCGGGGACCCCCACAAGUUUUCCCAGGAGUGCUGAAAACCCUGCACUAUGACCUUCAGCAUGUUGGCUUUGUUGAUUCAAAAGGCCUCCUGUGGACAGAUGGAGACAUUUGAUUCGCUGGGGAGAGAAAGAGGUGGCACUUUCUUUGUACCCAUUCAAAGGUGCUGCAACCCUCCGACACCCUGCGGAAGGAAGGGAGAGGCGGCUUUUGUGGGGGCUGCCCCUGAACCUGGCCCAGCAGAGCAAAGCUGCCCUGGGGCUGUCAGCAGGUGUCCACUGAGCACCCACUGGGAACUGGGCCUGUGUCUCUGGGAGCUUAACAAGGAGGCGGAUGUCAGACUGCCCUCCCCCUCUGGCUUGUAGCCUGCUGCGGGAUGCAGGGAUGCACCGGGACCCUGCCUGUCAUCAGCUCACCUAGUUAUUUCAUAAUACGCAUGUUCUGUGAGCCUUUUGAGAUCCCCAGGUAUUCCUGUGGUCCGAGGGGUGGCUUUCACUGGGUUAUGCUCUCUGAGAGUGACUAAUUUUGCUGGGUUUUUGACGAGACGCUUUGUACACAGACGGGCUGGCCUCUUGUUAUGGAGUGGAAAGCCAGAAGAAAAAAAAAACAAUGCCAAGUGCCUGAUCCACUGCGCACAACCCUGGGUCUCCAUACGUUCUGUAGGAUUUUUGAGACCCAGCACUCCUGUUUAAUGUUGAUUUUAUUUAACACUUUGUACAUGGGCUCCAUAAUGCAUUGCUCUGGUCCUCACGUAGCUGGAACGGGUGGCACGCCCUCUGCACUGUCCGGCAGCAGUCUCUGAGGCCCAAGCAGGUGCAGCUCCAAGCUCUUGGGUACCAAUGCGUUCUUCAGCCUCUUAGCCUAUAAGUUGGUUUUACUUGGCAUACGAGUAUCUUUCAUCAUAGAGUCAUCCUGUUGUAGUCAAGUUGUGCAGAUGUAAGGUGAAACGUCUUUGUUCACCAGUUAGCUCCCAGAAAUUUGGGAUUUUAGGAAGGUCCUAAGAAGAGAAGUAGGUGUUUGUGUGUAAAGGGAAGCGAUGAGAAGCGUGACCUUGGCUGUCCUCCGCUAGCCUGUGAUCAGCAGGGAGGAGGAAGCUGGGUCCUCAAGUGCUGAGGAGAGUGUUUCCCGCCUCUUUCACGAGCCCUGAGUGUUCUCCGCAGCUGGCGUAGGCGAGCGCAGACCCACUUGCCCGUAGGUGGCUCCCACACGCGUGCGCGGGCAGUCAGGUCUAGUUCUCCAUCUACCAGGUCGACCAACAAGACUUUUUUUAAAUUUUGUGUUUUUUCAGAAGUGACUCUAUGACUUUAAAUCUGUCUCAAGACCAUGUCCUUGUAGUAGUUCCAUUUCUGUGACCUAGGAGGAUCCAGUUAUGCGCCUGCUUUCUCUGGCCUAAUCCACGUUGUUUAGCAAAGUUUGUUCUUCAGUUCUGUCACUGGACUCCCGGUGAUUGGAUUUUUCAGCUCCUUCCCUUUCUCCUGAUACCAACAAAUAAAACUAAGUUGGUAAUUAUUCAGUGAGAAACAUCUGUUACUUUCUCUUUUCUUUUUUAUUUAGAGAUAAAAACCAGUCUUUUAAAAUGGGUACUCACCUGAACUUUGACCUGAUUAUAAACUCUGGUAUUGAUGUUCAACUUGAUAACCGUGAAAUUAGAGGCAGCAUGGGUGGGGGAGGGAGGUGGAGCCUGCCUCCAGUCUGUCUUCUGCCUGGGACCUUAUUGCUGUUUUCACUCAGGUGUAGUAAGGUGUACCUUAGGACCUGGAGUUACAUUCUUUCAAGUUCUACCAAUGACCUUGCUUUAAAUACAACUAUACAUAGCUUGCUUUAUCACGUUUCCUGUUUAAUUGGAUGAGAGUUGCGUGCACUUAUUCCCUCAUGCACUUAUUCCCCCGGUUCUUUGUGUUUAUAGGAAAACCUCUGUUCUCAGCUACCUCAUUAGGUAGUGUUGUGCUUGACCCCCUGCCAAGUUAGAGGAAUUCAACACACUCUGUCCUUUAACAAAAGCCUGGAAGCAAGCAGUCAGGGCCUUGAGGCGCACAAUCUCCAUUUAGAAUAGGCACUUUCCAUCAGGAGGAACAAUGAUUCUCCUGGAGCUGCUGCCGAGGGAUUACUUGAACUUUAAAAAAAAGAGUCUCUGAAAGGCUCUGUUUUCUAGUGCAGAAAUGCGGGGUAUUUCACCCCCACCGCUGUGUGCACACAGGGAGCUUCCUUCUGUCCUAGGCCCAGCAGGGAAGUGGGUCUGCCUGUGUGUGACCCAGUGGGGCACCCUCAGAUGUUUCCAUAGGUGCUGUUGUUUCCCACGACUCUAAUUUUGAUGGAAAUAGCAGCUCGUGACUAAGCCCCUCCCCUCUUUUCUUUCUGAUAGCCCAAGGUUUUAAGUGAAAUUCUCAAAGUGUUUCCCAACACAGGAGCAAUCUGACAUGCUUUCCUGGUACAUGGUGCCUUGUCCACGCCCCCAGCGUCUGCCAGCUCGCCUGGUGCCAUCACCACGUGCAUCACCGUGGACACACCCUCCCUCUGGGAGUCGUCUCUUGUAGAAAUGAUCUAGCUCAGGCAAUGGGCAGGUAGGCUGUGGCCUUAGUAAAUAUAGAGUACUGGGAUGGUCGCUGUGACCAGAACAGGUGUGCCCAUUCCUGAAAGCCUCGCGUGCUUGUAGUAAGUUAGGCGCCAGUAAAAUUUAACACCGAACUGUCCUCAUGCGUUCAUAAGAUUUGCUUUUUCUGCCUAUGCUUUUCAGAGUUAGGGAGGGCUUGCUCCUGACUCCGUGGAAUGACAAGGUCCCUCCACAGGUGACCGUCUGCCAGUGCCCUGUUGAUGUGGCUGCAGGACUUGGACACUUCCUCUCCAUGGUUCCCAAGAGAACCUGGGCCUGUCCCUCUCACUGCAGCCCAGGCGUUGUUGACUGUUCUGGAACAUUCUUUGCCCAGCAAACCCAGGUGCUGAGUGCACGCUGUGGUGUCUGGUGACGCUGGGGUGGAGGACACUUCUGCUCUUUGGCCCCAAAGCUCAACUCAGUCUUGUACCUGCCGGAGUAAGGCAGUGGGGCAUUUACCUGGGCAGGUGGUCAUGCAGGUUGACUGUAGCAGUGACCUUCAGACUUGGGCUGGUGCCUUGCCCUCGUCAGUAGUGACUGUCACUGCUCCUGUCUUAGCACAGGGGGUACCGGAGCCAAGCAUCCCUGGCCUCACUGCUCUCUUCAUCCAAUGGCUGCUGCCGUGGGACAGCAAGGGAACCUGGACCCGUGCCGCCUCCCUCCUGCGUCUCUGUGUCCUUAUCCAGGGUGACCCUAGGCAGCAGAAGCAUCCCGCCUGUGUGUAGCUUGUUAGAAUUUAGCUUGUGAUGAAUGGCCCUCUGUGGGGAAUUUGCCUAAUGAAGCCCUCAAGGAUACUCAAAACUCUCUGCUAAUGCGGAUUUCUUUUUUUUUUUUUUCCUACUAAAAUAUCAAAGAGAGUAGUCUACAUUGUUCAAAUAAACUAGGUAUUUUCUAAGAUCUGUUUGAGGCCAGUAGGCCGAAACUAUGUUUUCUUAAUGUGGAUAUAUUACAUAAAACUUAAAAAAAAAAAAGCAGGCAAGUACGUGUGUGCGUAUGUGUGAGAGAACUUUUGUACCUUCAAAUAAAGGAGGCUGUUUGAUAAAGUGAUAGCAAGAAGGAGCACUUAGUGCCGCACAGCUCGCACUCUGAGACUGUGCUGUUGAUCUCAGUGAGACCUUUGGCAGCAUCGUUGUCGGUAUCUUUACAAAUAGGAAAAGGGCGUAACAGCCAGGUUGAGUAGUCAUGCCCAGGCCAUGCUGAAAGAACAGACCCUCGUCAGCACAGUGAGGUAUCCACAAGUGUCCCUUUGAACAGUUAAGUCAGUGACCUGUGUGGAGACACAGAGCAGGUGCGUGUGGGGGGGUGCUGGGUUGGGAGUUAGGAUCUCCAGUCUGCGUUCAGAAACGACAGUGGCUGCUGAAAGAGCAAGUGGCAGGGGCCGUGGGUUAUGCCUGGGGCCAGCAGACCCAGCUGUCCUAGGUGGCAGCACGGGGCUGUCUGGGGGCGGCGUCUGGGAGGAGGUCUCAUGCUGCCUGACCGCUGGGGGGAGCUGCAGGCUCAGGGGGCCGUUGAAGGAUCUGGCCUGCCAGAGGCUGCACGGCAGACGCGUGUGCUCCAAGAGCCUCGCCCGGGCAGUGGGCGGAGCUGCGGAGGCAGGAUCUGAUCUCCAUCCAGACAGAACUAACUGCCUACUGGUGCAGCAGAUGCCUCCUGUGUCCUGAGUGCCCAGCUCUCCACGGCCAUGGCUGCAGCCAGAGGACUGUGCCCUGUGGCAGGGGACCCAUGGGUUGGAGUCCCCAAAGCUCCUUGCAAAUGGGAGAUUUUGUGAACCAUUUCCUUAGGAACAAAUUGGUUGGUACUUGAAUUGUUCGGUGGUUUUUGAGGAGAAGAGUCUGUUCAGUAUGCCUGCCCUCUCUCCACGUUCCUCCCGCCCACCCAGCCUCCUCUCUGCCCAUCACCACCCCAGUUUCUUGGCCACAGCCCCUUCACCUUCUGCACCUGGGCAUUCUGAUUCUAGCGGGACUUCCAGAAAUGCUUUGCCAGAGGUUUUCCUCGAACCGUAUUGUCCACUGGAGCAGCGACCCUCGCCUCGCAUGCCUUCCGUUGUAAAUCCCUUCCCAAGUGGUUUGUCGCCUGGGCAGCACCCUGGUCAUCUGAGCAGGCUGCCCGUCGCCUGCGUCAUCCUCACUCCUCGUGACCUUGGGUUGGAAGCACGUUGGUUUUGCUGUCUGUGGCCCCGCUCCGCAGUGACGGGCUGGGUGGCUCCCUGGGCAAGAACAGGUCCCUUCUGUGCUGCUGAGGGACCUGCUGUGACACAGGAGGCUGCCCUGCGCGGGUUUUUGAGGCACUUGAUGUCUGUCAUCAUCACACGCACGCUGCCCCCUGCCCCUCCAUCCCACUCCUCGCCCAGCCUGGUUUCUGACAGCUUGAGUGAGCACUCAGAGGGGGCAGGAUCGCUCUCCUGGUUCCCCGACCAGCGCUCUCACACUGCCUUUGUCUUACCAGGCCUGUCACCCAGCCCUUGGAGCUGCCCGGGGCAGGCCUCAGGGGUGGCCAGUGCACCCCAGCUCCCUGAGCAGCUGAAGCUAGAACGGACCUCCCCUCCCCCUGCACUGCCUCAGCGCCUCGGGCAGCACUGGGUGACCCACUGUCCAGCGGGACGUGCCUGGGGCCCCUGGGCAGGCCCUGCAUGGAUUGUGUUCCGCAUGUCCUGGGGGGCUGGGUAGAGCGAGCUUCUCUCAGCUCCUACCGAGAGCAGUCUCCAGGCUGCCGUCACCCAGGGACAGUGACAGAGAGGCCACCUGUGCGAGUGUUUGUCAGAAGGCAAACCCAGAAAAUGCGUGUAUCAUUACAUAUCAAUCUAGCGUCCAUUCUUUGAAUGGAUGCGGACCCUUCUUCAUGAGGAAUCACGUGGGCUCUGGCGCGGGCAGCGGGGGUGUUCUCUGCUCAGCUGCGGAACUCCAGUCACCUGGAGACAGCGGCUGCCGAGUGCGCAGGGGGCGUCCUGUCUCCCUGGGGCAAGUCGGGGCCCUUCCGUGAGAAGACGCCGGCUCCUGAGCACAGCUCGCCGUUGGCUCGGUAACCCGAGGCCUUUUCCGCUCCUGGGGUUCUUUGGUGUGGACGCGCUGUGACCGGCUCCUCCCUCCUGUACCCCUUCCAGUCACCUGGGAACUAGUGAUAGUCGUUUUGUUCCAUGCCAGCCAUGCCACUUGUGACCUGUGACAGACGUGGGAAAGAGGCUGGCUUCAGUGGACGCAGCCUAAGUGAGGCACCCACGCGGGGGAAGCGGCGGAUUGGACAGAGCUGUGCAGGCAGGCUUGGGCACACAGGGUCCCUGGGGACCAUAGCGCAUCGCGGUGGGGGCCGUAGUUUUGUUUUCUCCUGCUGGUGUAGGCCUCUGUCAGGAGAGAAGGCCCUCAAGGAAAUCACUGCAAACAAGGUUGUGGGUGCAAUUUGACUCUCACAGCAGGGCUGCUCUCUGCUCCCGCUGGCUCGUGCCUGUGUGGGGUACGCACGGCACUUACAGGUGACUGUCACCCUGGCCAGGAACCAGUCUUGAGCACACUCUUCAUUUGGCACUUGGAUGCUUUGAAUACCAGAAGGAGAAUUCCGUACCAGCCUUCCUCCUGGUAAACGCACACCUCUGUAGUUCAACACCUGCGCUUUCUGACGCGGCUCCACGCAGAGUGGCAGGAACUCAAACCUGCAGCCUUUAUGACCUAGUAAACCUCACGUGGGUGCACAGGAGGCUUUAUUGGGUGUGGUCAAGUCAUCCUGUCUGUCCACAGCGCCCUGUUGUUAGCAAACAGGGAAGACACACAAGCUAAGCAAGGCUCAAAAUACUGGAAGUCCCGGAAGCAUGCAACUUGUGAAACUGUACUCCCCAGACGCUGUAGGCUAGCAGAGAAAUUGUACUGACCUGGUGUCUCGCAUUCUGUGGUCCACAUGUAGCGCUGUGUUCUGUGGAGUAAUCUGCUCCUUUGCCGGUGUGAAAUGUAGCCCAGUCAGAAGCCACUGUUAGUGAGUAACCUUCCUCACACACUUGCUCUCCGGUUCACAAGUAUACGGCCGCACAAAGGGUCGGUCACCCUUCCUAAACCCCGAGCACGCGUAUUGUCUACAUGCUUCAGUAGGUUGUGGGUAACCACGGGUCGAACCCUUCCCUUCCCCCUCCCCCGGCACAGCUCCUGUGCCCCGGGACCUGUGCCACUGUGCUGUUCUCUUGUACCAAGGAUCAGUGAAAGUGUUUUAUCUUUUUUAUGUAGUUUGUAUCGACUGGGUUUUAUAACUGUCAGAAAACAGAAACAGAGUGUUGUAUUUUGAUCUGCAAUUUGUGUAUGGUAAAGUAAUUUUGUUUUAUGUAUUGGAAGUUCAUUUAAAACUUGAAAUAUUUUCUAGAAGGGUACCGAACAAAAUGAAUCGUCUUUAAGCUGUUUAAUUAACCCAAUAAAAUGAUUUGAUGGGGAAGGCA